UCGGACGGCGGUGGUUCAGUACAGUCAGGGGAAGACAGCUGGAAACACAACCUCUCGCAAAGAGCCUCCGCAAACUACUCUGCGCCUCCCAACUCUCAAGUGCGCAAAAGAAAAGACUAGACAUUAAGAAAGCAAAACAACUCGUUUCUUAUUCAGUUCUCUGAAUCGGGUGAAAAUGACCCCUAGUUCAGUAAAGAGGCUUCUGCUGCUGCUGUGCAUCGGCGGCUCAAUCCACUGUAUGCCGCAAUCAGCGGGGAAAAAUAAAAGACAUGCGCAGCAGCAGCAAGUCCAACUGGACGAGGUCUUCGAGGAGGCAAGAAGUUUAGCAAUGCAUCAAAGUGGCUGCAACGAGAACGGUCGAUUUUAUAGGCUGAACGAUCAGUGGGAGCGACCCUACAUGGACAGCACUCUUCAGUGCACUUGUAAUGGAGCUUCAGGGAUCAAGUGUAAAUCCAAACCUGCAGCCGAGGAGAUGUGCUAUGACAAGUACAAUGCGCGGUCUUAUCGAGUCGGAGAGACCUACGAGCGACCAAAGGAUAGCAUGAUAUGGGAUUGUACCUGCAUUGGGUCCGGCAAGGGCAAAAUUAGUUGCACCAUCGCAAACCGCUGUCAUGAGGGAGGGAAUUCAUACAGAAUUGGGGACAACUGGAAACGGCCCCACGACACCGGAGACUACAUGCUUGAGUGCGUCUGCCUUGGCAAUGGAAAGGGAGAGUGGACCUGUAAACCCAUUGCGGAACGUUGUUAUGAUGACUCGCAGGGAUCUUCAUACUUGGUUGGCCAGACAUGGCAAAAACCCUAUCAAGGCUGGAUGAUCGUAGACUGCACCUGUUUGGGCGAAGGCAACGGACGCAUCACCUGCACCUCCAGGAAUCGUUGUAAUGACCAGGACACCAGAGCCUCAUACCGUAUCGGUGAGACCUGGACCAAAGUCGACUCCAGUGGAGACACUCUGCAGUGUCUUUGCACAGGCAAUGGUCGAGGAGAGUCGAAGUGUGAAAGACAUGCUACGUCACAUGGCACACCCACCUUUGGUUCUGGCUCUACAAUGGAGCUUAUAGUUAGACCAGUGACGGAACAAGUCAACACCCUGCUUGAGGAGGGCACCUGUAAAACUGAUUCUGGUGUGACUUAUUACAAUGGCAUGAGCUGGAUGAGAAGUCAAGGCAACAAGGAGAUGCUGUGCACUUGUGUUGGAGGAGGAAUCAGCUGCGAGGAGCAAGAUGGACAGUCGCAGGUUUAUGGUGGAAACUCUGGUGGGCAGCCAUGCACGUUCCCCUUUGUAUUUAAGGGGAACACAUACUAUUCAUGCAUCUCUGAGGGCCGAACUGAUGGACAGCUGUGGUGCAGUACUACCUCUGACUACGACACUGAUGGCAUUUAUUCGUUCUGUACCCGCAAGAACCUCCAAGUUACAACCCGUGGAGGAAACUCUAACGGAGCUCUCUGCAAGUUCCCCUUUACGUAUAAUGGGCGUAACUACACCGACUGCACAGCUGAUGGCCGUCGGGAUGCUAUGAAAUGGUGUGGCACCACCACUGACUUUGAUGGAGAGCGGAAAUAUGGAUUCUGCCCCAUGGCUGCUCAUGAGGAAAUCUGCACGGUUAACGAUGUAAUGUACCGCAUUGGAGACGAAUGGGACAAGCGCCAUGACACACUUGGUCACAUGAUGCGUUGCAAAUGUGUGGGCAAUGGACGCGGGGAGUGGAACUGCAUUUCCUACACUCAGCUCAGAGACCAGUGUGUUGUCAAUGACCAGACAUAUGAGGUGAACGAGACCUUCGAAAAGAAACAUGACCAGGGCUACAUGAUGAACUGCACAUGCUUCGGCCAAGGCCGUGGACGCUGGAAGUGUGAUGCCAUCGAUCAGUGCCAGGAACCCGAGACCAAGGUGUUCUACCAAAUUGGCGAGACAUGGAACAAGGUCAACCAAGGCAUCCCAUAUAGAUGCUCGUGCUAUGGAAAUGGCGUUGGAGAGCUGGCCUGUGAACCUCUGCAGUCUACUUCUCCUGUUCGGGUCAUCAUCUCAGAAGCAGGAAAUCAGCCGAAUUCUCAUCCCAUCCAAUGGAACCCUCCCUCUUCUGCCCACAUCACCCAAUAUAUUCUUAAAUGGAGAGUCAAAAAUUCCCGCACAGCCUGGAGAGAGGUCAACAUUCCUGGACACAUCAACUCCUACACCAUUUCUGGACUAAAACCAGGUUUGACCUAUGAAGGUCAGCUGAUCUGCAUUCUGCGCUACGGACCCCGUGAGAUCACUCGCUUUGACUUCACCACUUCAUAUGGUUCCUUGGCCAAAUCAGAGGGUGAGACGAACCAGCCACCCCCAGUAGUGGACACGUCAGAGUCCGUUACCGAGAUCACCUCCAACAGCUUUGUUAUCUCCUGGGUAUCUGCAUCGGAUACAGUGUCUGGAUUCAGAGUGGAAUAUGAACUCACAGAGGAAGGAGCGCAGCCAUAUGUACUCGAUCUCCCAAACACAAGAACAUCAGUAACCAUCCAAGAUCUUCUGCCUGGUCGAAGAUACAACAUUAGAGUGUCUGAAGUCAACCCAGAAGGAGAUUCAAAUGUUAUCCUGACGACCACUCAGACCACUGCACCUGAUGCUCCAACCAAUCACAAGGUCACAAAUGUCCAGGAGAACUCCAUUGUAAUCCGAUGGUCCAAACCCCUGGCACCAAUCACUGGCUACCGUGUGGUGUACACACCCUCUAUCGAGGGCAGCAGCACUGAACUCAUUGUCCCUGACACUGAAACAUCCGUGACUCUGGGUGAUCUUCGACCUGGCCUUAGGUACAAUGUCAGUAUUUACUCAGUGGAGGACAACAUGGAGAGUGAACCUUUGGUCAUACAGGUCAGCACUACUGGAGAGCAACAGCCUGAGGAAGUCCAAGCUCCAACAGACCUGCAGUUUUAUGAAGUUACAGAUGUUAAGAUCGCCAUCACAUGGACUGGCCCCCCUUCUGAGGUCUCAGGAUACCGCGUAACCUUUGCCCCCGAAAGCACUGAUGGCCGGACCCAGAGACCUUUUCAGCUUCCUGUAACUCCUAAUGCUUACGCCGAGCUCACACACCUGCAGCCUGGCACGCUCUACCGAUUCCAUAUUUACUCUGUUAAUGGAGGAGUGGAGAGCGAACCUCUGGUUGGAGAGAAAUCUACGAAGCCUGAUGCGCCUACUGACCUGCGUUUCACUGAUAUCACGGAGAACAGCGCUAUGGUCUUCUGGUCAGCCCCCAGAGCUCAGGUCACAGGUUACCGUCUGUUCAUCAGUACGGGCGGCUCCAGUCCCAAACAGUUGAAGAUCCUCGGCCACGAGUCUCAAUACACCCUCAGCAACCUCCAGCCCGACACUGAGUAUAUGGUCACCCUACACUCAGAGCAAGGCAACACGCUCAGCGAGGGAAUGACGGAUGCCUUUAGAACAUCUCAGCCGAUGGGUAAUGCUCCUCGAUUCACCACUGAAGUCACUGACACGGACCUCAUCAUUUCCUGGAUCCCUGUACAUAGAUUCAGCUACAGGUUGACCGUGAUGCCUAGUCAAAGUGGUGAGUCUCCCAGGGAUGAAACCUCUGGGGAAGGCAGUUUUCACAUUUCAGGACUGACUCCAGGAUUGGAGUAUACCUACAACAUGCAGCCCUUGUUUAAUGGACGAAGACACGGCAAACCUAUCACAAACAAAGUUGUGACAUCUCUGUCCCCACCUACUGAUCUGAAUGUGGUGUCCAACCCUGACAGUGGUGAACUCAAUGUUAGAUGGAGCAGCACCAAAAGUCCUGACAUCACUGGCUACAGAGUGACAUGCACACCAACCAAUGGGCAGCAUGGAAACACUCUAGAGGAGUUUGUUCGGGGAGAGGAAACAUCUUGUACCCUUGAGAAACUGAGUCCAGGCAUUGAAUACAAUGUCAGCGUCUACACUGUCAAAAACCACUUGGAAAGCGAGCCAGUAUCGACCACUGUUACACAAGAUGUGCCCAAGGUGGGUGAUCUCCACUUUGUCGAUUUCACGGAUACCACAAUCGGAAUUAGAUGGACUCCGCUAAAUUACCCAGCAGUUACCGGAUACCAUAUUGUGGUUGUUACGGCCGGCCAGAGUAUUCCAAUACUUGAGGACAUGGUGGACUCAUCCACCAGCUAUUAUACCAUUCGGGGACUGGAGCCAGGCAUCAAUUAUGACAUCAGUGUGGCCACCGUUACAGAUGAGGCGGAGAGCAAACCGACAGUGAUCACACAGCAAACGCACACUGCCAUUCCAGCCCCUACGAACCUGAACUUUGCAGAGGUGGGCUCAGACACCAUGCGUGUGUCGUGGACCGCUCCCUCCGUCCAGCCCUCUGAACUCAAUCGUUUUGUCAUCCGUUACAAUCCCCUCAACAACGAUGACGAUAUUCAGGAAGUCAAUGUGGGAGGAACCAACAGCUUUGUCCUUCAGAGCUUACUGCCAAACACAGAGUAUCAGGUGAACGUGGUGUGUGUCUAUGAAGACAGAGAGAGUCAACCUAUUAGUGGGACUCAGAAAACAACCCUAGACUCCCCCACAAAUAUGGACUUUUCCGAUGUUUCCACCAACUCAUUUACCGUACACUGGAUGGCCCCUCGUGCCGUCAUUACCGGCUACCGCCUGCGCUAUCAGCCGACCAGUGGAGGGCGCGCUAAAGAAGAGAGGCUUCCCCCGACAAGAAAUUACUUCACCCUGGUAAACCUCGCUCCCGAGACCGAAUACACUGUCUAUAUUUACGCUGUCAGCAGCAAUGAGGAGAGUCUACCACUCACUGGAACCCAAGCGACUGUGUCUGAUGCCCCCACUGAUCUGACAGUGACAUCUUCCACUCCCUCCAGCAUUACUAUCUCUUGGGACGCCCCUGCGGUCACUGUACGCUACUACAAGAUCACACAUGGUGAAACAGGUGAAAGAGAUUCUCCCAGAGAGUUUACUGUUCCAGGAACACAGUCUACUGCCACCAUUCAGGGUCUGCAGCCAAACACAGAGUAUACCAUCACACUGUACGCCGUGACAGGAAGAGGAGACAGCCCCGCCUCCAGCAUACCAGUCAUAGUCACGCACAGGACAGGUGGCACUGUACCAUCCCCUACACACUUGGAUGCUACAGAUAUUCAAGACAACGCCAUGACCGUCCGCUGGAGCCCAGCUAAUGGCCCCAUAACAGGGUAUAGAGUAACAGGGACACCAAAGGAUGGACAAGGUCCCACAUUCUCUGAGGUGGUGGGCCCUGAGCGUACGGAAAUGACCAUCCGUGGCCUAGUGCCCACAGUGGAGUACCAAAUAAAUGUGAUCGCGCUCCACCGAGAUGGAGAGAACACCCCAGUGGUGCAGGAAGCUAUAGCAUCUAUGCAACAACCAAGAGACCUUACCUUCUCAGAUGUGGACACCACCUCCAUGCUGGUGAAAUGGGAUUCCCCACGUGCACCAGUGACCUCCUAUAGGGUUCUGUACUCUAGUCCAGAGGAAGGCGAGAGGGAGUACCAAUCAGCCCUGCAUGGUCGUGAUAACAGUGUGGUUCUCCGAGAUCUGCGCCCAGGAACACAGUACACUGUAAAAGUCAUUCCAAUGAAAGGACGUACUGCGAUCAAAGCGCUUGAAGGCUCUCAGUACACCACGCGUGAGGAUACACAGUCCACUGCUGUUCCUUCCCCCACCAAUAUUCAGUUCUCUGACAUCAGUCCGUCCUCCUUUAUUGUGUCAUGGAGGGCACCAAAUACCAGGCUCUCUGGCUACCGUGUGGUGGUCACCCCGAAGAAUCAGUAUGCCACAGCCAAAGAGAUAAAUAUUGCACCAGACUCAUCACAAGUCGCCGUGAGCGGGCUCAUGGUGGCCACAGUUUAUGAAGUUCAUGUUUAUGCACAGAGAGGUUCAGACAGCAGUCCUCCUCUUACUGGAGAAUGCACCACUGCUAACAAUAUCACUCCACCUCGCAGAGUUCGUAUCUCUGAUGUGAAAGAUACCUCUUUCACUCUCACAUGGCGUGUUGUCAAUAACGAGCCAAUGACGGGUGUCCUUAUUGAAGCAACUCCCAAAAAAGACGGUUCACCUACAUUCAGAAAAACUAUUCCCAUCGACCAGAGUUCAUUCACAGUCUCUGGUUUGCAGCCAGGCGUCCUGUAUGUCGUCAACAUGUACACGCUGAAUGGAAACAGUCGAAGCCAUCCAUUCACACUGACUGUAACCACAGCUCGGCCAGUUGUUUCGUCACCAACCAACCUCCAGUUCACCUCUCUUACUCCCAAUUCCAUUUCCUUCACUUGGCAACCCCCUACCACACACAUCACAGGAUAUUUCGUCACUUAUGAGGAAUCCGGUGGCUCACCUCGUGAACUUAUACCACGUCCCCAAGCUGGCCAGAACUACGCCACCAUCACUGGUUUGAAACCAGGCACUGAAUACAUCAUAAAGAUCACUGCCCUGAUAAAUAACCAGAGGAGUACACCACUGGUUGGCUCUGCAAAAACUCAGCUGCCUUCCAGUCUGCCCAGCCCGCCCCGCCAUGGUGGCCCAGGCAAGCUGGAUGUACCUGAUGCUGACAACAGUGUUCAUGUAGUGGGUUCCACUGGGCAUGACGAUGAGCACGGACAGCAUGUGGAGUACACAGAAUACAAUAAUCAGCCAAAUCAACCCAACAGUGGUUACGAGCCUCACAAUCGGCCAUCAGGCUCUAAACCUAACAAACCCAGACCCCAGCCUUAUGUGCCUCAAGUGGGGGAGACCCUAGUAUUUGUCCCCAAGCCGGGAACGGAUGGGGGUCGUGUGCCUAAGGUUGUUCAGGUGAGUGAGAAACCUGGCGACGACAAUCCUUUUGGUUUUCUAGAGGACAAGUCAGGAAGACCGCAAGAGGCCCAGACCCAGACCACCGUCUCAUGGCAGCCCUACCACCAGAGUUCUGGCUACCUGGUAUCGUGUCAGCCCAUUACCCAUGAGGAAGAGAAAAUGUUCCAGUUGCGUCUCCCAGGAACAUCUACAAGUGCCACCCUGAUUGGUCUUACCUCGGGUGCUUCUUAUAAUGUCAUCGUAGAGGCCCUGAAAGGAGCCCUCAAACACAAAGUCUUGGAAGAAGUUGUCACUGUUGGAAACACAGUCGUUCCAGGGGACCUUCCAUCCAACAAAGACUCAUGCUACGACACAUUUACGGCCACUCACCAUGACGUUGGACAGGAAUGGGAGCGUAUGUCUGAUACUGGCUUCAAACUAUGGUGCAGAUGUCUUGGCCUGGGCAGUGGACAUUUCAGAUGUGACUCUUCAAAAUGGUGUCACGAUAAUGGAAACAACUACCGCAUUGGUGAAAAGUGGGAUAGACGGGCAGAAAAUGGUCACAUGAUGAGCUGCACUUGUCUGGGCAAUGGCAAAGGAGAGUUCAAGUGUGAACCACAUGAGUCCAUAUGUUACGAUGAUGGAAAGAUGUACCAAGUUGGAAACCAGUGGCAGAAGGAAUACCUAGGGGCCAUAUGCACUUGCACAUGUUAUGGUGGACAGCAGGGUUGGCGCUGCGAGAACUGCAGGAGACCCGGUGCCGAGAUUGACGCCGAUUUGGUCAAACCAGUCCGAUUAAACACCGGUCACAGUGUGAACAUUCAAUGCCCCAUUGAAUGUCUUCGACCAGGCCUUCUUGCAGAUGCUGUGACCAAUCACAAAAGAGAAAACCUAGAGUGAACGUUCUUCAAACCACACCAUGACAUUCUGCCCUCUUUUCCUAUACGAGAUGUGAUUAUGAAUGAGACCGCUCCAAUCACAUACUGCCUUAAAAGCCCCCAUUUGUUAGCACAUCUCUGUUCAACUGCUGCUUUACAGCCAAACACCGUGCCUGUCCUGAUUUCAUAGCAACAGCUGUAUUAAUUCAGUUUUUGAUUGGCUCGUUUGGAGGCAUUUGAUUGGCUUCUAUUUUUUUUAUUUGUCUGCUUUUGUGGUUUAGACGUCAGUUUAAAAAUAAGAAAAACACAAAUAUUUCUAUAUUCCCAUUGCAAUCUCUUAAGUCUUAAAAGUAUAAAAAGGUAAAGUGCCCCUUUUCCCAAUUUUCUAUAAAACAAAUUUGAAGUUCAUCAAACUACUUUAAUUUGACGAAGAAAAAAAACCUAGUUUAUCAUCAUAUUAAUUGAUAUAUGGGCAAGGCACAUGUAAGACAAAGUAACAAAUUAAGCACUGUAUUGUAAAAACAUUAGAGCACCACUGGGGUACAUUGUGAUACCAACAAUUAAGGCUUAUUUCAACUUUUUUUUUUGUUUUUUAAUAUUGCUCAUGUUUUAGUAAGUGUCAGCACUGUUUUUAGAUUGACUUUUUAUUGUAAAUGAUUUUUAGUAAUCAAUUAACAGUUUUUAUCCCCUACAUUCAGUAUUAAGUUUGUAUAGAAUGUUAUUUGUCGCAUUUGACGGUCAUCGUUCUACUGUUAAAUUCCAUCUUUUGAUAUUUUACAAAAACUCAGCAAUUGUAUUUAUACAUUUCACCCAGCAUAUUUUAGAUGAAAAUUAAACCUUGCAAAAACAUGUCAAUAAACAAAUAAAUGGCGAUGAACCUUUGAGAAA